AUUAUUCCUUUCUCACAUGUGUUUUGCUUGUGGACUGUUGUUAUUUUGAAAACCUCUGUACCACGCAAUUACACAUUUCAUUCAAUUUCCAUUGGAAAUAGUGAAGAAUUUCUGUCAUUUUGAGUAAAUUUUCAUAGAACAUUUUAAAAUGGGCCGAACAAAUCGUUCACGUAAACGAAAGGCGCAAAUGGAUCGCAUUAAAAAAGAGCGAAAUUCGAAGAAGGAACUUUUGAGGUUAAAGAAAACACUUGGCCUGAUCGAUGAACAUGGAAACGAAUUAAUUCAGAAAAUGGAAGAAGUCAUUGAAUACAAAACACCCGAACAAUUGAAAAAGGAGAAACAAGCGAAGGAAGAAAAAGAAAUUCUCGAAGAGCUUGCAGAAGAGAGGGCUGAAGGUGAAAUUGUUGAAGUGACAAAUGAAAAAACCGGAGUAAUACAUCGAUAUAACACAAAAACGAUGCGUGAUCAAUUUGGUUCGCUGCCCGUAUGGAAGAAGCCACGAAAUACAGAACGAAAAAUGCGCAAAAAAGUGCAUGCCCAGAAAAAGCAAUUCAAUCAAGCUUGGUUGAAUAAAUUCGUUCCCGUUUAGAUUUGAUGUCAUUUUAUUUUUCAAUUUACCAUCAUUUAUUCGGCCGUAUUUUAAGAAGAUGAAGAAAAUAUAUUUGAAUUAAGGCGACAGAAAAA